AUGUCAGCCGAGAACCCUUACCCCGAGAUCCAACAUCUUUGCGCUCCUUGCGCAGGGCUGAAUUUCCGGGAGAUCCUCCUCCAUGAUCUGACGAUGCCCGACGACGCUUUUCCAUAUGUCCGCCACCACAAAGGGGUUGAAGAGCUGGUAACAUGCGCGAUCCAGGAAGGCUGCGAAUUGUGCAGGAUUUUCAUGGUUUCAUUUGCUUCGGAACAGAGCUUUAUCUAUGGCACGAUCCGGCCGGAAGAGGAUUGCGAGGAAAGGGUGCGCGAUAUCCUUGAGAAACAGCCGCAUCUUCGCGAGCGUGUACUCAUUGCAGGACCUUACUCCGGAUUUCCUGUUCCCGGUGCGCUUUUUAGCGAAGGUGGAGAAAGUGCCGGGAUCGGGCUGUGGAUCAGUACAGAUCAGUUUGAUAACGGAGAUGAGAACGUAAAGGAGGACAUGGACAAGCAAAACGAAGAAGAGUAUCAAGAAAGCGAUGAGCAAAAAGCACCAAGCCUGGGUAGGAUAGGAAAGACGCCGAUUACAUUUGCCAAAUUCAGCUCGGAGAGAUCCACGACGCUCGGAGACAUGCCUCUUGUUCAAAAUAUUCGACUUCGCCCAAUCUCAAAUGACCCGAAGACACCAGCAUGCAUGAGAACUGCCAGCGAGUGGCUCACGAACUGCCUCCAGAAUCACAAUCAAUGCAGAAAAGACACACCAGCUCAUAGCCAGCUACCAACUAGAGUUCUCGAUGUUGGAGAUGAGACACAAGAGCCAAGACUGGUGGUUACCGGAGAUUCCGUUGGAAACUACGCCGCCUUGAGCUAUUGCUGGGGUGUAGACAAAAACAAGCACUUAACACUGACAGAGGACAACUUGGAGGUAUUCAGAAUUUCAAUACCUUUAUCAUCCCUUCCAAAGACUCUUCUGGAUGCGGUGCUUGUUACGAGGUCUUUGGGACUCCAAUACCUUUGGAUAGACGCGUUAUGCAUAAUCCAAGACUCGGCCGAGGAUUGGACGUACGAGGCUGGGAGCAUGAACGCCGUCUACAACAACGCCAUCGUGGCAAUAUUCGCAACAUCAGCAAAGUCUGCAGACGAUGGGUUUCUGGAAAGGCGUGUACCUGAUCCAUAUCGUUAUCACCUGCCUCGUUCGGCCGUGUGGCCAACCAAUACCAAUCUCGACCGAGACUUGACCGAGACAGAAGCCAACCCAAUAUUCCUUGAGCUCUUCGACGAGAAACCUCUAUACCUCGAUGAAGACAUGCGAGAAGACGACACCUAUCCCUGGAAAACGCGCGGUUGGACAUUGCAAGAGCGUCUGUCGCCGAAGCGUGGUAUAAGCUUCAACAAAACGCAAAUGAUGUGGCAUUGUCUGACGUGCACGGAGCAAGAAUGUGGACACCAUGAGGAUUACAACGUCAGAAGACAAUUUGACUUGGUGGAUCAUAUCAGCGCCGUCGAAGGCUCACUGCUCUUGACUUCAAUAUCUGAGCGUUGGGACACGCUGGUCCGCUUGUCAGAGUCUGUCUUGGCUGUUACUGGAGUAGAACGCUACGAAGAGUUGGCUGUUCAGCUUUGGUUUCGCAUCUUGGAUCAUUACAGCACCAGAACGCUUUCCGACCAUUCUGACAGGUUGCCUGCUGUUGCGGCUCUUGCCAAGACUCUCGAGGAUCGGAUGGGCGGAAGGAACCGCUACCUGGCUGGGUUGUGGGAAAAUGAAAUCGCUUUGGGGUUGGCUUGGACACCUUGCGGCAACGAGAUUGCUCAGUGGUGUAAAAAUGAGGCAGCGAUACGAGCACCAUCGUGGAGUUGGGCGAGUGUUGCCGCCAGCAGCUACAACGGGUACAGGUGCCAUGAAUUUGAUAAAUGGAACAUCCGGAGCGUCAUGAAUCUUGAAGGGAUCGAGAUUGCAAAUGACGAAGAACGCUUCCUCCCGCGAAGUACUUUUGCACUCAGAAUACGUGCGCCGGCGAAAAGACUGUCAGAUAGUUGGGCAUCGACGGAAAACACGACAGACGUGGAUGAGCAAGAUUUGGCACAAGCUACCCUGGAGAGGAUUUUGCGAAGGAGACUCGUACCCAACAGACAGGGCUCCUCCGAUGAUAUCAUAAAAGAGCCCAGGAGCUCGGAGUAUGUCCAAAAGCAUGAACCACAUGUCGGUCAACGUUUCCUUGCCAUGAAGUAUCUCGAGAGGACAGGAAUAGGCGGGGUACACUUUUUCUACCGACCUGGCCCUAUAGAGUCGUUUUUCCUUAUUCUAGAAAGUGUUUCCGACGGCGAGAAUCGGUAUCGGCGGGUAGCAGACGUGAUGUUGGCGGACCAGGCGUGGUCUGAUGAGGGUGUCGUUGAGAAGGAUCUAUUGGACAAGAUAAAAGAACAGAGAUGGCCGCGGCAGGAGAUAGAGCUGGUUUAG